GACUGUUUACAAUCGCCCACCGACACCACACCGAGAACUGAUGAGCGUGUUCAUCAGGGAAUAUCUCGGGGAUUUUGCACUUCCUGAAUGAAAAGCGACCAUGCCUAACCAGCCCGAUGUAUUUGACAAGUUCCAGAGCACACUUGAACCGUUCAUAAAGCCGCGGGAACAGGUGAACUACAUCAGGCGCGUCCUAGCGCUCCACCUUGGGUCGUCUUGCUCACAAAAUGGCCCGAUCAAACAACCCGUGUCUCUCGUGGACAGCUCGCACGAUGUCACGGUGGGCCCCGAGCUGAAAGGGAUUCAAAGAGAGUACAUUGAAGCUCUGAAAGCUAACAUUGCUGCACGACGAAAGUACGCCGAUAUUGUGCAAGCCAAUCCUUCACGGCCAGACUCACCUAAAGAAUCACCUCCAAACAAUCUCGACAUUGUGGAGGAGCGGAUCGGCCUCCUCAAACUCCAGAGCAAACUAGAGAGAUUGUAUGCUGUCCAGAAAUACCUCGACCUCCUUAUCCAAAAACCAGCGGGCUCGGUGGAGUUCCUCGACCCCGAGGACAUGUUCUACAGCGCCGGAGAGCUUCCCAGCGUUCCCAAGGAGGUAGUCAACAGCCUCGUUGCCCAACAAAGUGCGGCAAAACCAGAUCUCAAGGGACAGGUGGCCCAGUUAGAGAAGACGGUGCUGCGGGCGAAGCUACUCAUGCGCCGCGAAGAACAGCUGCUUCGGGAUGCGAGGAGCAACGCUCAGGGCAUACCUGAUGUCAUCAGCAACGGGGCGAGGCUAGAUGCACUCAACGCGACCCGCAACGAACUCAUCACCUGGAUUGAGACGGAGCUUGGGAAGGCCUCGGGAGAAGACUUUGAGGGGGGUCUUGAUGGCAUCUCGAAAAGUCAAGACAGAAUGGCGGCAGAUAGCGCAGCCAUCAGCAGUCAGCUCGAAGUCAUCAAGGAAAAAUAUUCCCGGUACCUUGAUGCUAGACGAUCUCUUCUAUCGACAAUUGCCGAACGGCCUGGCGCAUCUCAGCCGCCUGUACUGAAAGCCCACGACCCUGCAAAACAACGAACUCUCGAAGCAGACCCAACUCCGAGCAACUACCUUCUCACGCCAUACAUCGAAACUCUUCUUUCUCUAUCGAGAAACCAAAGAGCCACGAUCACACAGAAGUCACACAUGAACUCGACACUCAGCAAUGAGACUAAGGAGGCUUGUCAGGUGCUCGAUCAUCUCGCUGAGGAAAGUCAACUCCUUCCGCAGCAUUCCGCAUCAGGGUCAUCUCGACGAAGGUCUGGCCUCGGAGAAAUCCUGGCUUCGACCUCGGAUCGUGCUGGAUUCACUGGCCGUAUUCAACCAUGGGUUUUUGCGGCGGACGCGGCCAAGAUUGCCACCCUCGAAACAGUGGCGGAGAAGGUUGAGGGUGGACAGGUAGCCCUGGAGAACUCUAUGAAGGCACUUCGGGAAAUCGAUCACCUGUUGGGACAGAAUCAAGUGGAUGAGUCGGAGCAAACCAAGGAAGAACCGGCGGAAGACGAUUUCUGGCUAGCCACGGGGACCAAAAACGCCACUGGCACGAGAAAGCAUACAAAAAAGGAGAAAGAGGCGAAAAAGGUGCCCAAGGAUGCUUGGUCUGGUCUACAUGGAAAUCUGGGCCUAAUCGGCCAUGGAGACGGAGCUUGAGAUGUUAAGACGGUGUAUUUUUAAACGCAGA